CAUUUCUGAGAGCAGGGACUGGCUUAUUUUCCCUUUUGCACGACCUGAACGGUGGCCGUAUUUGUAGGCAGGAGUGGGGAGCAGGUGGACCAGCCCUGACACUUGGGCAAACCUUGAUUUUGUUGUCGCCGCGCGCGUGUGUGUGUGUGUUCGCGUGUGUCCGCAUCUGUAUUUGUCCUACCCCCCUUCCAGUCUCCCCCGAGCUGAAGGAUCGUAAGGAGGAUGCAAAAGUGAUGGAGGACGAAGGACAGACCAAAAUCAAGCAGAGGCGCAGUCGGACCAAUUUCACCUUGGAGCAGCUGAACGAGCUGGAGAGACUCUUCGAUGAGACGCACUACCCGGACGCCUUCAUGCGGGAAGAGCUGAGCCAGAGGCUGGGGCUCUCCGAGGCCCGAGUGCAGGUUUGGUUUCAAAAUCGAAGAGCAAAAUGUAGAAAACAAGAAAAUCAGCUACAUAAAGGCGUGCUAAUAGGAGCAGCAAGCCAGUUUGAAGCUUGUAGAGUUGCACCAUAUGUCAACGUAGGUGCUCUGAGGAUGCCAUUUCAGCAGGAUAGUCAUUGCAACGUGACGCCCUUGUCCUUUCAGGUUCAGGCUCAGCUGCAGCUGGACAGCGCCGUGGCAGCGCACGCGCACCACCACCUCCACCCGCACCUGGCGGCCCACGCCCCUUACAUGAUGUUCCCCGCGCCGCCCUUCGGCCUCCCGCUGGCCACGCUGGCCGCCGAGUCGGCCUCGGCCGCUUCCGUGGUGGCGGCCGCCGCGGCGGCCAAGACCACCAGCAAGAACUCCAGCAUCGCGGACCUCAGACUGAAAGCCAAAAAGCACGCGGCGGCCCUGGGGCUGUGACUUCGCCGCCGCCGCCGCCGCCGCCUGGUCCUCCUCAUCCUCAUCCCAGCAUUUAUCCUCCGGCCGCCGCCCACUCUGCCCUCUCACCCCUCCGGGUGACCGUCCGUCCCUUUUCUCCUCCCUUCCCUCCUUUUCCCAAAGACUCUGGCGCCGAGCCCCUAAUCCGAGGACACCCAGGGCCAGAUGUCCCAACGUCACCCUUACCCUGUCCUCGCCCCCGGGGGCCAGGCUGGAGGACCCCAGACAGAGCCCCGCGGCCUCGCUCUCAGAAAGGGGCCAAGACUGAUUCCUGCUUUUGUAAAGUUCCCGCACUUGGACGUGUUUGAGGGAGGCGUCGGGGAGGGGGGCAAGAUGGGGAGAGGGAAAUUUUGCCUCUUGGCAAAGCCACACCAGAGGACCGAUGCUUGGAAGACAAAAACAAAAACCCAUUUCUCAUCAUAGAAUCCCACAACAGAUUGAAAAACCAGAGAGAAAAAGAGAAAGGUACUGAUUUCUCGUUUCCAUUCAACAGAAGCUGGACAACGGUAACAGAAUCAAGAAGGGGGAAAAAAGUAUUUAAUACAAUAAAAAAGUUUGGGAAUUGACGUGGACGAAACUCCAGGUCAUUGGGGGGCGAUACCAACUUUAAAGUUUUCUUUUUCUUUUUUUUUUUUCUUAAUGGGCAAAGAUGGCGAAGAGGAAGGAAGAUGUAUACUUAUUUAAAGAAUUAAGAUGAAAAAAAAAAAAAAGACACGCAGUUGGGAAGUUCACAGGUUUUGAAACUGACCUUUUUCUGCGAAGUUCACUUUAAUACAAGACAUUUGAUAAGAGAGGCGGGCCUCCUUUUACGUUGAGUCAGACACUUUUUAAGUUUAAAACCCACCACGUCUGGAAGAGCGAGAAGAAAGAAGACAAAACACGGCGAGAAAUGAUAUUAAGAUGAAUAAUAAGGACAUGGACAAUGAUGAUUUCUCUGCGAAAUUCUCAUGGCUAAACUGUCCGGACUCCUGACAACAGAAUGCGGUUUGCAUGUUUCUUGUAUUCCAUAGAUGGUGUCCCCUUCCCAUCCUCCCUCUACUCCACCUCCCCUCGGUUCACUUGCACUUCAUCUUCAUCUUUAGUAGGAAAAAACAAAAAUCAAAAGCGGCUGGAAAUUGAUUUUUCUUCUCCCCUUUUAGUCCUGGAGGGGGAAAAAAAUAACCCCAUCCUCUGUAUUGGUCCACUGUUUGUCCUGAGAGGUAGGAGGAGGGCAGAACAAUGUGGGGGAAGAAAAGCGAGAGAGACAGCAGAAGAGAAAGUGAAUGUGAAUAUUUUUUCCUCUCUUUUGACUUCCCUGAGGUCGUAAGGGAGAAUGGUUUCUUUUCCCCUCUCAAGAACCGCCCCCCUCCCAUUUCCAAAUUUACCUUAAACAAAGCCCAGCUAGGUCCAGGUACUAGGUACGUGUAAGAUAUGUUGAUACACACGAACAAAGUUUAUUUUGGCUAUAACGUGUGACUUGAUAGUUGACUAUCAACAUUUACAUUUUAUCUCACAAAGGUGUAUCUAUUCAAGUAAUCUUGAAGAUUUUUGUUUUGCUUUGUUUUAGUUUCAAUCCAUAGAGAUAUUUAAACUGGAGGCACUCCAUCUAGAUAAUUCCUAUCUCGAUUUCCCAUCCAGCCUCUUUUUUUUUUUUUUUUUUUUUUUUUUUAAUUUACAAGAAAGAAGAAAAGCUCUUCUAAACGAACUCUUGUAAGCGGAUGGGCUUUGUAACUAUUUGUUCUCCAUGAAAACAAAAUUAUUUAUAUUUACCAUAUUUUUUCUAGUGUGUUAACUUAUUGCGAACGAGAAGAUGCUGUUAUUUCAAGACCUGUGUUGUCGGUACAAUAUGUUUCCUUUCAUCUUUUGUUAAACCUUUUUAAUAAGUGCCAAGUUAUCCAUUGAAGACACUUUGCGAUCAAUUGAAUGGAAUCAGUAAAGUUUGCGUUAACGGGUU